AUGACUAGAGGUACACUAGAAGUUUUGCUCGACGAUGCUUCUAAGCUCAAAGACACCGAUUUUUUUGGCAAAAUGGACCCUUAUGUAAUAAUUCAGUUCGAUAACCAGAAGCGAAAGAGCACUGUUGCCCGUGGAGAAGGAAAAGCACCAGUGUGGAACGAAAAAUUUACAUUUGAUGUGGAGUAUCCAGAUAAUACUAGAGAUGAACAUCACAAAUAUGAACUCAAUCUCACCAUCAUGGACAAAGAUAUGUUCAGCAGGGACGACUUUGUAGGCGAAUCGACGAUUAACCCGACGGAUGUGUUAUCCUUAGGCGUAAAGAAUAGAAGAUCUGAAAUUAGAGUUAGCAGCGCUGUUCUACGCAACAAAAUCUAUUCUGGAGAAAUUCGAGUCCGCAUUUCAUUCACCCGAAAGGGUGGAAAUGCAGAUGAUAAAGCAAACUAUUUGGGAGGAUGGAAGCAAUAA